UAUCUAGUGGCAAUCUCUUGAGUAAGUUAGUGUCUCACGCUGGUGCGAGUAUAGCAACCUCGGCUCCUUUUAGGUGAUAUUAAGUUAAAACAGGGCACUAAUUUCUGCAAGUCUCUUGGAUUUCUCCUCGUACAUAACACGUUAAAAGUUAGUUUUUCAGUACAGAUUGUUGCUGAGUUAAUCAACUCUUGACAGGUUGCAUGGCGUUUUUAUACCUUACUCGCGCAAGUUGACAACCGGUCUUAUCUGGUUGAGGCUACGUGUCGUUAUCUUCAAUGGACAGAACACCAGUAGAUUAACCUACUUUAGAAGUUGUGCAGAGAUGUUGACAACUGUUCGACUGGUGUGAACGGUUGAACAAUUUACUCCUCAGCAUCAAUACAAACUACGCUGCUCACGUUACUUUUUCCAAUUGAUAGUAGAUAUUGAUCAGCAAUAGGACAUGGAUCUGAGACCAGAGCUCUCCACCGCGCCGUCAGGAUCCCAGGUCCACCCUGGAGUCGGAGCGUCUGUCAACAUCCCCGUCUCCAUGGCCAGUAGCUUCCUGAGGGGUCCAAUGCUAUAUCGCGCAACGGAGAAGUAUCCUCGCACCCCGAAGUGUGCCCGCUGCAGGAAUCAUGGCGUGGUAUCUGCGCUGAAGGGCCAUAAACGCUAUUGCCGCUGGAAGGACUGUAUGUGCGCCAAAUGCACCCUAAUCGCUGAGAGACAGCGCGUAAUGGCUGCACAAGUGGCUCUCCGUCGACAACAAGCUCAGGAGGAGAACGAAGCCCGGGAGCUGCAGCUCCUGUACGGGACAGCAGAAGGGUUAGCUCUGGCGGCCGCCAACGGCAUCAUACCACCUCGUCAGAAUUAUGAGGUCUUCGGUUCUGUCAACAACGAAAGUAACUCCGAUUCAAGCAUGCAGAAGUUUGAAUUGUUUCCGAAGUCCCAAAUGUCGGUAUCAGUGACCCAGCAGCAGACGGUGGGCAAAUCGGUUUCCACUGACAGCGAACCAGGGAUCUCAUCCCCAGACGGGCGUCAUGGCUCGGGCUCCGAGAAUGGAGACGGAGAGUCGUUCAUUAGCUCUCCUGUCUCCAAGGCACUGAAAGACGGAGAAGACACCCCGGGUUCGAUUAGCCCCUUAGGAUCUGACUCGGGUUCGGAGACCGACAAAGAUGAUCAAGAACCAUCGCCCUCCUCGGCCGCCUCCAGGCAAAUGAACCCCAUCGACAUAUUGACCAGAGUGUUCCCCAGCCACAAGCGAAGUGUUCUCGAACUGGUUCUACAGGGCUGCGGGAAAGACGUGGUGCAGGCCAUCGAGCAAAUUCUCAACAACAGUGGACAAGCCAAGGCCCCGGAGCAGGUGUGGACAGCAGAACGCAUGCUCCAGAGCGCACAGCCGCACCUCUCCUCCACUCCAAGGCCCAUGUUACCGGGAGCAAUGACGCUGAGCAACCGCUCCGCCUUCUCCCCUCUGCAGCCAAAUGCGCCACACUUUGGCGCGGAUCCCAGCACCUACCCCCUGAGCACCCAUCUGGGACUAAACCCCUUGCGGCUGGCCUACUCGGCCCACAGCAGAGGGCUCACCUUCAUGACACCCUACUCCACCACGGGGUUGAUGCCAACUCUGGGCUUCAGGCCGCCAAUGGACUACUCAUUCAGUGACCUCAUACGGGACAGGACACUCUUGCACAAAGACCAAGGGUACACCAAUGGCCUGUACGGGCCCCUCGUCAACAACAACCCAGACAAACCGUUAGACUGAGAAUGGGCAAUGUUUCAUUAUCUCAGUCGUGUUGGGACUAGGAUUCAAGUGGACACAUUCAGAGACGAACAAUGUAUUUGUAGCCACAAGUGUUGAAUGUUAUGGGAGAGAUCAGUAAUGUUUGAUACUCCACUGCUGUACAUAAUGCUUUGUUUUUAGUCCGUUUACUUGCCCAAAAUGGCAUYAGAACCCAAGCUCAUUUAUAUAACUUUGUUUUCUCAGAGAGAGCCUAUUAUUCCAUGGGCAUAUACACAAUUGUUGCUGUAAGUCCCCGCCAAUCAUAGUGUGUAACCUGAAAAUAUCUCGCCAAUGAAAGUAUUUUGUCUGAAACAUUACUAAAGGGGUUGCAAUUCCAGAAAAACGGACAGGCAAAUUAUUCAUCACACCAUAAUGUAUGCAGUAGCAUAAUACUGAAGUACAUAUAUGGAGCACAUCCAAAUUAUAACUUCGAUAUGGUUCCUGUAAAUUGUAGGGUUUUGUGAGAUUGAAAAAAAGUGGUGCAACCCAAUUUAACUUUUUGAAAUAUUUGGGUUGUUGUGUUUGGUGAACCUGGUGCAAUUGUUACUUUUGAAUUUUUAGUUAAAAGAAUAAAUCUGGAGGAAACAUCCAACCUUAGUUACUAAGAAAUUAUUGCUCACACUUUUUUUUAUUUUUUAGGACAGCCAAGCUCUAAAAAAAAAAACGUUCAAGUUGGAUCAAGUUAUUUCCAUAACGUUUAGGUUACUGACGUUGAACAUUACAAUCGAAAGCUUAAUUGUAAAAACGAAUGAUGUAUUGCCAUUCCUUUUCUGACUUUGUCUCCAACAAUACAUUGUAUAUUGCAUUUGAUUAUAUAAGAUUGAUUAUAUUAUAAUUGACUUUAACUGUGUACUUUAUCCGGCAUUUAUCAACUACACUACGACACUUCUCUGUUUUGUGAAAUUGCAUUUGUUUGCAAGUCUAUUGCUCCUCUGUCACAAGCUGUAGUGUCACGUGAAAUUACUGGAAAUAAAUGUUAUUUUAU